CCGGGCUGCGGCACCGAGGCGCCGUUACCACGGCAACCGUCAACAACGAAGCGGCUGCGGUGUCACCCCUAAAGGGUUCCCCUGCCCGGGAGCCGCCGGCCGCACCUGCGGCGGAUCCUGCCGGGAAAGCCGGAGGAGCCCGGCCCGGCCCCUCGAGCCCCGGCCCCGCUCCGAGGCCAGGCCGCUGUGAGGGGUGACGGCGGUGGGGGUGGGUCCGCGUGAGCACGGCCCCGCCGCAGAGGUGAAGCUCAAAACCAGCCGGUGUCUUGGAAAUGAGGGUGAUUCCUGCAUCCGUGGUGCAUUUUGCAUCUGGAAGGGGAGAACCAUGGCUGUGAAUACAUGGAAGUAUCCCCUGGGGAUUCCCCCACCAUCUGAAAAGGACUGGCCAAAGGAUGAGGAAGAUUUCUUCCUGCUGGAUCCUGAUCGAGAGCGUGAUGCAUUGCCGCAGCCCUUCAGGAUGAUCAACAAACUGGUGAUGCAGGUUUUUGAGAGUGCUAUGGAAAUCAUUGAAAGAAGGGAGACGCUCCGAGAAGCACAAAAACGAAAGGUCCAGCCCAAGAAGUGCUUCCCUACAGCUGAAUUCCAGGUAACUGAAAGAGCCAAUUGCCUUGCAGUGUCUGGAAAAUACGUCUUUGUUGGUCUGUCCGAGGGUCUGGCUGCCUUCAACACGUGUGACUUCAAGGAUGUCUGUGCUUGGGAUGCAGCCAAGACAGAGAUCUGUGCCGUCCAUGCCUUGGAUUUGGGGAACGAGUGCCAUGUCCUGCUUGCUGUGGAUGAAAUGGGGCUUGUCUGGCUCUUCUGCUUUCACAAGCAAAGCUUCCUGCUCGUUAAAAUCCUGAAUGAAGUGGAGGAUAUCAGCCAGCGAAGCACCUGUGUGGAGGAGGUGCUGUCCCGAGGAGGUGAUUAUGCAGGAAUCCUGCUGCAAGACAGCACAAAAGCUUGGCUGGAGAUCUACCAAUUGCCUAAGGAUUCCUGGCUGAGAGAGAUGGAAAAAAACUCAGGAGCUGCAGAAGGGCUGGCUUGCAGUGAGAGGAGGUCAAGCUGCUUAUCUGAGGAGCUUCCCGUGUCUGCAAUCCAAGCUGAUGUAGAGCUGGAUCUCCCAGUGCUGCUGCUGACAGUGAGGCCACCCAAACCCAUUACAGGCACUAGUUUUAAAGACCCUUUGGAUGCCUUCAAGGAAGUGGAUGAUGACAGCAUGCUUGGCUUGGGGUACAACCACCUAAUCAAGGAUUCCCAGUGGGAGCUGCACGAAGCAAUCUUCUGUAGCACUUACCGGGAGUAUCUGGAGGGUCAGGGCGUGACCAAGGAGGAGAUCCCCAGACAUGCUACCUUUCAUUUCCUCCUGCCUAGCCGGAUCCUGAUGGGACCAGAAAUGGAAGUACAGCCAGAUAUUCCAGUUGGCAUCGGUGUGCAUUGGGAUGGAAACCACAAUUUCUGCUUGUACUUACUUAACCAUUCUCUCAAGGGGAAAGCAGAUUCUGAUCUGAUGCCUGAUGUUGUGUGGCCAUGUGCUGCUCCAAUUGCAUGCUCGGCUGUCAGUUCCUGCUCCAGGUACCUGGCACUGGCAGGUGAAGAUGCAACAAUAACUAUCUGGGAUAAACACCUAGGAUACCCACUGUCUGUGACUGCCAUUCUAGAGGAACGUUUCAUCCGUAGUAUCCACUUUCUGUGUGGCUCUGCAGCUGCCAGUGAUGAGACACCUGGUACAGAUCCUGUCUGUCCUGGUGCAGAUCCUGUCUGUCCCAUCAUACAGCUUCUAGUGCUGUGUACAGACAGCUCUUUCUAUUUGGUGAAAGCACCCAGGGCUGGGAAGUCCAGCAUCACACUCCUGGCAGACAGGCCUGAAAAUCCAAAUCUUACUAUCAGUGCAGUGGUGCCUGUCCUGGCCUUCCCCAGUGCAUCAAUUUUGGUGCUUCAGGUCCUGAUCUUCUCCUGGGAUGGCACAGUGUCCCUGAUGAACACUGACACAUCACAGACUGUUUACUGCUUCUGCACUCCACCUUCUCAUGCUGUAGCACCCCCCUGGCAGCCAGUGUUCACAGUGGACAGUAUGAACUGCUGCCUGCUGCUUCGAGGAGAUGAGCAGCAGCAGGAAGAUGAAUUGGCCCAGAGCAAAGCCGCUCAGAGCACCAUCUUCCUUUUUGACUUCAAUUCCUACCCACUGAAGGAGGCUUUCCCAAAGAAACCAGAUUUGUCUCUCAAAUCUUUGCAGGAGCUGAAGUGGAUUGAGAGAUGUAACAUUUUCUUACGUGAUAGGUUUCACUUUCUGCCAGAGAGGCAGCAGGUACUGCUGGAAAUGGAGGAGCAGGAAUACUGGGAUUGUCUGCAGGCACAAGCAGCUGCCAUGGACAAUGAGAGAGAGAAAGUGAAGGGAGAGAAGAAGCAGUAGCCAGCCUUGCAUCCUGGGGGCCAGGCUCAUGAUCCAGCACUGACAUUUUGAUAGACACUCUAUUCCAAUCAUCUCUCUCCCAGCGACCUGGAGCAUCAGAGCAAUCUGGUAUGUUACAAUAAUACAGAGGACCUUAAUAAAGUCUU